ACAUUGCAUGCGUUGGAGUUGGGCACACAUGCACGAUUCACGUUUCGUUAGUUGAAAUCAGAAACGAUCGGUGACGGAUCGAACUGACGUCUUUUGAAAAAAGAAACUGCGUUUCUGCGAUCAAGGAGACUGUGACGCACGCUUUAUCUAACAACUGAUCUUCAUCUGGAGCAACCGCAGCAUCUUGAGAAAAAAAAAAAUCAUGCUCGAGAGUACGAGUCACUGACGAAAGAAUUGUCGACAAUUUUUGCACUGACAUUUUCGUUUGAACGUCGAUAGUUAGUCGAAAAAUCGUCAUGGAUCUCGUUUACAUACCGGAGGUGUUUACUUAUGGGUAUUCGAGAAAUCCACAAUAUCGCGACUAUGAACUACCAUGGAACAGAGACUACUUCAAAUGCAAUAGUAACAGAAAAUCAGUGGAAAAUCAACGAACUACUCAACAACAAUCCAAAGAAAGUUGCCACUUAUGCAAAGAAAUGAAAAGGAGAAACCUAGCAGUUUAUAUAAGAAGUAAAUCACGAAGCGAUUCCUGUCACGAGGGGAUCCAUGAAGAAGAAGAGGAAACCGAUACAAUGCAUAGUGAGAAAAAUGUAACAAAUAUUAAUCAAAAUAAAUCUGCUAAAUCAUUAUGCAAUACAAAAAAGCAGGAAUCAUAACUCGAAGUAUUACACAACGAGAAAAAAAAAAUAACAAUAUUAAUUUUAAGCAUAAUAUGCAUAUAUAUUGAAAUGACUUUAAUUAACUUUAAUAAUUAAUUUUAUGUUUACGACCAAUAAAAAUCUAUCUGUUUUUGAAGACAAAUUUAUAUAACGUGAUAUAAAAAAAAGAAUAAUUUUUUUGAAACUUUUUUAUAUAUUUUACAAGCAUGAAAAUAUAAACAUAAUGAAUUAUUGGGUUAAUUAAUUAGACAUAUAAACGUUAUAUCUCCAAAAACAGAUAUGAAAUAAAUUUUCCAAGAUUAAGAUUAAAGAAUUAAAUUAAGAUUUAUGCCGAAGUGUAAUAUUAUAAACAGGAAAAUUUUAUCAUCACGAUUGUUAUCAAAGUCAUUAUUGACAAAAAUUAUUAAAUAUAUAUAAAAAAAAUGAAAAAUUAUUCGAUUGACUUAUAAAUAAUGCUUGCAAAAACUGAUCUGCUAAAUUAGAUGUUUUUGUUUUGAAAAAUUGUGAUUUUAACAUGUACCUGAUAUAUGCUUUACGAUUAAAUUUUAUCAAUAUUGGGUGCAUGCUAAUUUUCUAAUCGUUUCUUUGUAAAUAUGAAAAUAAAUACAUUUCUAUGAAGAUGUGCAAAUAGAUAUUUGUAGAUAUACAAAUUUCUGUAUUGGCACAUUAAAAUUGAGUGCCUAAAAUUAAUAUAAAGAAUAAUAACGUUAUUUUUUUAUAGAAAUUGUUUACUAUGACUUCGGUAAAUUUAAGAAACCGCAUUAAUGCUUGCACACGAAUUAGAUUUACGCAAGAGGCAAGAAAGCGAAAAAAUCAUUGUAAUUAUAGAUUUUAAAUUUACUUGAUAACCAUCUUGCUUAUGAGAUAGUAAGUACAUUUAGACUUGCAUAUUGUAAAAAUUGAUAUAGUAAAAUCAAUUUGAAAAUUCUUAUUGUAAAAUAGUUUUUUACAAUGAAGGAGCUUGCUAAUUGCUUGAUGCAUAAGACUGAAUAUACGAUUUUGCAUAUAAAAUAUAGUAAAUUAGUAAUAUUGCCACUACACUGUAACAAAGUUAUAUAACUUGUAUUUAGCUCUGAGAGAUAAAAUUAUAAUUAAAAAGAUAACUAAUAAGAAUAGAAUUAAAGAUUAGAAAUAAGAUAAUAUACUUUUAUCAUAUUUGUGAUAUAAUAAUUAUGUAUUAAGAUUUUGAUUUUUUGAUUUGUAUAUUAUCAGAUAUAAUAAAUCAUUUUAUCGUCACAAA